AUGCUGCCCGCUCCCCUCAAUACCCUCCAGUUUACAAAGAUUGAUCUGGGCCAUAUGCCCCUCACUUUUGCCAAUGUCGACGUCCACAGGACGGAGAAUGAGGCAUCAAGCUGGACAUGGACCUCACGUGGGAUGGUGUCUGCGACAUUGAGCUCAAGGCUAGCAAAAUCCCCAAAAUUAUACCUCAAGGGGGUCGAGCACGUCAAGCUAAAGGGCAGACUAUCUGUCCUCCUUUGUCCUUUGACUAAUGUCAUCCCGCUGAUUGGUGCGACUCAAUUUGCCUUCAUCAGCCCGCCAACUCUGCAUCUCGACUUCACCGAUGCCGGCGGCAUUGGCGACCUCGCCAUCGUAGAUCGGGCCAUCCGCAAGGUCGUCCUCAGCGUAAUCUCAUCCAUGGCCGUGCUGCCCAACCGGUUCCUGUUCAAGCUCGACCCCAACAGCGACUAUUUCAAGACCUACCAGCACCCCAUCGGGAUCCUGCGCUUGACCGUCGAUCAAGAACCUGCUCAAGCGCCUCGUGCACGACGUGCCCGACUGCUUCGUCAAGGUCAAGAUCUCCCCGCGGACGAGUGGAAGACGCAGACGGUCAAGAACAACCGCCACCCGGAGUGGAACGAGACCAACGACUUCCUCGUGUCCGACCUGGACCAGAUCAUCGAGCUGGACGUGCAGGACGACGACACCAUCUCGGACGACGACAUGGGCGUCGGCGCCACCACCGUGAAGCAGCUGCUCGCUGCGGGCGGAAGCUGGAGCUGA